AUGUCGGAUGCCUCCCUAUCGGAUAUCCACUUGGAAGUAGCAUUGCCACCUGUCGAGUACUCAGAUGCUGAGGUUCCCUUCGAAUACCGCUCUCGUGCUGUGCCUCCUCGAAAGAAGAGAGAGAAGCGACCAGAAGCAACAACAGCAGCUGAGGAGAUUGUUCGCAUCCCUCGAGAGAAGGAUGUUGUCCAGGGGGUUCGUAAAAAAGUGCGUGAAGAAGCGGCUUCAAGGCCAGCUUCUCCUGAGGCUGUUGCCCAUAAGCGUUGCUGUGUUCUCAUGUGA